AUGGUAAACGAUCCAACUACUUCGCCGGAAAUGGCAAACAGCAAGCGAUUAGACGGGAAGUUGGCAGUGGUGACUGGCUGUAACACGGGCAUCGGAUACGAAGUAGUGGGCGAGUUAGCCCGUCGUGGCGCUCGCGUUAUUAUGGCCUGUCGUGACCUGCACAAAGCAGAGGAUGCGCGCCAGCGUCUACUGAAGCGUUUUGGAACUGGUCAACUCGUUGCCUCAUCUUUGCCACACUUGACCAGCAUCGAAGAAGCUCAGCUGGAAUGCGAGAAACUUGAUCUGGAAUCACCUUCUUCGAUCCGUCAGUUUGCCGUCCGACUACAGAGGCAGGAGCACGCACUGCAUCUUUUGAUCAAUAAUGCUGCAAUCAAUCUGGGUCAUUCUCACUUUGAUGCGGAUGGCAUAGAACGUCAUUUGAAAGUCAACCACUUGGGACACUUUUACCUAACCAAUCUUCUACGACCUCUUUUGGCUGCUGCAGCCGCCAUCGACGGUGAGGCGCGUGUCGUCAACGUAUCUUCGUUCAACCACCGUUUAGCCGAAUUGAAUUUGGACGAUUUGUCCCAUCCAGCUGUCGGAACUAGUUAUUCGAACAGCAAGCUGGCGAAUACAAUUCACGCUAAAGCAUUGUCGGAACGAUGGCAACAGGAAUCGAAUAUCAUUGGUGUCAGUGUUCACCCAGGGUUGGUGAAAACGGAUCUGUUUCGCUACUCGGCUUUCACUCGAUGUUUGACCACUGAUGUCUUCGGAGCACUGCCCGAAUCUGAUGGGAACACCGGGUCAGCGAUGCUGAACCGGCUGUCAAAGAGCCCCUGGCAAGGAGCUCAAGAUAUAUUGUAUUGCUGCCUUGCCGAGGACAUCCAACCCGGUGCUUACUACCACCAAUGUCGUGUUGGUCAAAUGAAUUCGCAGGCUUUGCGUGACGGUGUGGGAGAUCGACUGUGGACCGCCUCAGAGCGCAUGGUCAAACACUGGGAAACCACGGCCGCGUGA